GGAGGAUCCACACUGUAAACUGGAGAAACUAGAAUUUCCGAGUUCAACAUUGUCAACUUCAACAGUCGAAUAUCACUCAGAAACAAAGCAUCCUGGAAAGAUGGACAUGGAGCAUCAAUUUACACAUCUUGAACUUUUCAUUCCUGAAGAGACUGAAAAGGGUUCAGAAAUCAAGGGCAGUAAUUCAUACAGGUUCAUGUGCCCUCAUGCUGGUCAGUUCCAGUGCAAAUUGACCAAUCUUGUGUUUAAGAUGGAAGGAAAAGGGGAAGUGAUGUAUAGAAUCGUUUCCUGGGAUACCCAUCCUAUGGACGGCUUGGCUCAUAUGCAGCCGAUAGGACCCCUGUAUGAUAUUAACUGCAUCCAAGGUUUAGUCAGUCAUCUCUAUCUCCCACACUGUGAGAUUAUGUAUGAGGAAAGUAAGGUUCAUCUGGCAGUGGCACAUUUUACUGCUGACAGUGUAGAGCUCAUACAGCCACUUCAAGUGACAAACACACAUGUGAUCAUAGACAUCCAAGGCUUCUCCCUCUUUGGCCUUUUAUUGAAUAAAAUGUUUGGUUCGUCUUGCAUCAAUGCUCAAGUGCUACUAUUCUACAAAGAAAUGACUGACAGGGGAAGAAGAAAAAAACUGCACAUACAUUUGCUGCCAAUGAUUGUAUCUGUUGAUGAGGUGGCGAAUCGACAAAAUGACUUCAGAAACAUUACAACCAGCUCCAAAUGCCAGCUGAUUCCUGGUAGAAAAUACAGACCAAAAUGUGAACAUAAAUUUCAGCCUCAGGAUGAAACGUUUGACCGUAACUGUGGUCCCAAUUAUCAUCCCACAUUUGAAGUGUUUCUUGAGGCUGAGGUUGAAGAAAUCACAAUAGGUCUUUUGGAUAAAGAAGGCAAGGAGGUGUGGGAACCACGUCUGGUAGUUCUUACAGAUCAGACUCGACCAGCUGAUACCAUUAGAGACACGAGUGUCACAGGCCAGACAACCACAGCCCAGAGUAGCCCAGGCCAGACCAUCACAACUCCGACUGACACAGACCAGACCAUCAAAGCUCAGUCUGGAAGCUUCGUCAAUGCACAGGCUCGAUGGAAACACUCUAACACAAAAAAAACUCUUGAGUCGGCGCAGUGAUCGGAUGAGACUGGCGUCUUAGGUCCUCUAAUGUGCAGCCCCGAUUCUUGGGAUCUGGGGAUUUAAAUAGGCAGAUCAUGAUUACACACAGGUGAGUAUCAGUAUGCCGGCGAUCGGGAGCAGGGCAGGUAAGGGGUGUGAGCCAGCCAACCAACCGUGACGAGAGGUAGAGUGAUGUAACGCAGUUCUAGGCGUGACAAACGCAACAAACCCUGCAUACAUCUGGUAUUACCAAAAGCCACAACUAUUUAUGUUAUUACCUAUUUGUUAUUGUUGGGCUCAA